AUGGAUCCCCGCUUCCCGGCGAGCAAAAGCGGGACGGGAGCCGGAGUCUCGGCGCGACACCUCGCCGUCCUCCGACUGCUCGCCUUGACGUUGGUUUCCACGGCGGCAUCCGCUUCGUCCUCCGGAGAUGCGGCCAAGUGGAACGGAAGCUCGGGGUCCCGCCCCCCUCCUUCGGAAGACCGGGCCGCCCAGGGGAUCCACCUGCUCCUCAGACCCCCGGACCUCCUGUCCCCUAGCCUGACCCCGUCGCCGCCCUCCCGCGAGUCGCAGAGGGAACGAGGCGACUCCCCGGAAGAGGCCUGGGCCUCCGGAGACUACGUGGAGACGCUGUCCUUGGCGCUUCCCGACGGCGAGGACCCGUCCCCGACCGCGCCGCUCCCGUACGACGACGAAGGGGAGCGGGCGCCCCCCGCCGACGGGGCCCGGCCGCGGCGUCCGGCUCCGCCCCUCCGCUCCCGCCCUCCCGUUUGGCCCUCGUCCAGCACUCCCUUCUUGCCCCCGCGCACCCUCGAAGUCGGCCCGGACGUCUUCCCCGCCUGGGACGAUGACUACGACCCCGAGGACUUGGCGCCCCUUCGACCCACGGAGCUCCUGCUGCCUGACAUGAACAGUUUGGAAUACUACACCAACCUGUUGGCCGAGGAGCGGGGCGAGGGAGGUCGGCGCGAGACUGAGGGGAAGCAAGGGACCCCCUUCUCCGAAGCGGUCGCUCCUCCCGCGUCCGCCCCGGGGCAAACUCGCCCUCCGACCGAGGCGCCGCCGGAUUCCGCUCCCCCCGCGCUCGGGGGGCCCGUCCCUCGGCCGUCCCUCUCGGCCGUCCCCGCCGGCGAGUCUGAUCCCCCGUCGGUCGACGUCUUCGGGCCGAGCCGGGCCCCUCCCGCUUUCAAUGAGAGCGUGCUCCCCACGGCGGAACCGACCGAACCCGCGCGGGUCACCGGGCGGCCCGAGAAGACGACCGCGGUCUCCGCCGGAACGCCCUCUGCGGUCACCGCUUGGAGGGCGGCCCACGGCCCGCCCUCCAAGCGCUACCUGUGCAACAUCACCAAGCCCGACUCGUACCUGGUCAGAGUAGGCGGGCCCCGGGGCUCGGCCGCCGGCUUCGGUCGCGUCCGUGACCUUUUGAGGAGAGAGUUUAACACGUCGCUGGAGCUUCAGUUCUCCAGACCUCCGUCCAGUUUUGCCUUCCGCGCGGUGUCCGGACCGCUGAUCUACACGGCCAUAUCGGUCAUCAACGCCCUCCGCGGAGCGUCGCGUCUCUCGGGCCCGCUUCCCGCCGUGUCCGCCUUCUACGCCGUCCCCGACGUCCGCUACCACGUCCACACCGUGCUGCUGUUCGUUCCCGCCCACGUGGACGUCCGACUUUGCAACUUCAGCGAGCGGGUGGAGACGGGCUUGGCGACGGCCUACGGCGAAGCGCGCCGGCGCUCUUCCGAGUCGGGCGCCGUCAGCGUGCAGCUGCUGAACAUCACGCUGGGAUCGGCGAGGCCGGCGAGCGAGCGGAAGCUACCCGUCGACGUGGUGUUCGCCGCGCGGGACGGCCGAGGCUACCUGCCGGGUUUCGAGGUCAGCCGGCACCUGAGGAAGCUCAGCCCCGUGGAAUUCAGUUUCUACGUGGGCUUCCCCGCCCUGCAGAUCGCCGAACCAUUUCGUUACCCCGAGCUGAAUACCUCCCAUCACCUGAGAUCUACGUGGGUACGCACAGUCUUGCUCGGCGUUCCGAACGAGAUCUUUUCGGAGAGGAGUUUUAAAGCGCGCGUGGAGCGCCGAUUGGCGUCGCUGCUGGAGGAAGGACUCGGAGCGUCCGGCAGGAAGCGCUGGAGGAGGGCCACCGCCGCGGCCGACGGCAGCCUGCAGGUGGUGCGGGUGGCCAGGUUGUCCGGGUCGCAGCUCCCCCUGGAGAUUUUUUAUUUUGCGGAGGGUCCGGAGGGCGCGCGGAUUCCAGCGGAGGAGACGGCGGAAACCCUGAACGGCUUGGACCUCCAGAGAGCGGCCAUCGUUUUGGGACACCGAGUCCGGCGACCGCUGGCCCAACCGGUGGAGACGGCGGCCGUCCCGCCGUCGGAGACCCGAAGCGGUAGCGUUUGGCUGAUCGUGGGCGUGAUCGUGCCGGUCUCGCUGGCGCUCUUCAUCGUCGUUCUCCUCUACUGGAAGCUUUGCGGCUCCGAGAAAUUGGAGUUUCAGCCGGACGCCAUCAACGCCAUCCAGCAGAGACAGAAGCUUCAGGCUUCCAGCGUGAAAGGUUUCGACUUUGCCAAACUUCACUUGGGCCAGCACAGUAAGGACGACACGGUGGUGAUCCAGGAAUCGGGAGCGCCGCCGGCCCCGCCUAAGGAGGCGGCGCCCUCUGACGGCGGGGACCUCGACACCCCCAAAUCCAAAGGCUCGUCCGCCAAAACCGGCCGAAGCGCGCGGCGUCGCGGCAGGACCGGCCAAUCGGACGCCGACUCUCUGGGCAGCGACCGGUCAAGCGGUAGGGAGUCGGCGGAGGAGAGUACUCGAGCAGCGGCCGCGCACCCGGAUGCCGAGCAGCAGCAGCAGAGGAAGACGUCCAAAAACGGUCAGUCACCUCCUUCUCCCCCCGCAGCUCCGCCGGCGGGAGACGAGCCCGCGUCGUCGUCUUCCAUCUUCGAACACGUGGACCGUCUCUCCCGCGGUUCGUCGGACGCCCCGCGGCGGCCGGCCGGCAAAGUUCAGCUGAUCGCCACGCGGCCGCGAGCCGACGCGCCGCCCGAGGCCGCCGGCCCGUCGCUUUCGCAGAAAGUCGGAACGGAGGUGGCGCUGCGACACAAGUCGGAGAUGGAACAGCGUCGAAACAAACUGCGGCAGCGCGCCAAGAGGCGAGGACAGUGCGAGUUCCCGUCCAUGGACGACAUCAUGGACGCCUUCGGAGACGGACCGGCGCGGGCCGAAGCGGCGCGGCGUCCGUACGGCUCGGCCCGCGAUCGCGCCGACCGCGUCCCGGGCCCCGACGCGCCGUCCCCCCCGACUCCCGCCGGCGAGCGAGGGAGGCGCUCUCCCCGGGGGCGGCGGAACCCAGCCGGAAGUCUUCCGGAUACGGACCGGGAUCGUCUGCUGCUGGACCAGGGCGCCACCUACAGGAAGUACCCCGGACUCAACAACGUGGCGUACAUGUCGGACCCGGACCUGCCUACGGAGCAGGAGAGCCCGUCCCCCAUUGACGAGGUGUUUGAGGGCGCCCCGCCGCCGCCCCCUUACGUGCCGCCCCGGCCGUCCAUCGAGGAGGCGCGGCAGCAGAUGCGCUCGCUCCUCGACGACGCCUUCGCUUUGGUGUCCCCGUCCUCGCGGGGACUGAGCCCCGCCCUUCCCGGACCCGCGGGGAGGCAGUGGGGCUCCUAUCCGACGGGGCCCUUCCACAGCCCCCUCUCGACCAGAUACGCCGAGCUGGGAGUUUCCCCGACAUCCGGCCCGGGCGAUCAGGGUCAUCCGCAUAGACAGAGCUCGGGAGGCUUCGCUUCCGGCGGCGAGCGGCUGCGGGAUCCCGUGCGCUCCGGCGGGGGGCAGUACGAGCAGCUGCCGUCCUCCUCCAGGCCGCGACCUGUCGGAGGCAGCGCAGGUGUGCAGCUCCAGCACCUGACCCAGGUGGGUCUGUCCAGCCAGAUGGGGGCGUACGCCGGCGCGGGUCGCGGCGCCUCCCGCCGGAGCGAGCAGCGCUCGGACCGAGAGCCGUCCGGACGCGGGGCCGGCGGGGAGAGCGCGUCGUCUUUCCCCGAGUUCUCCUCGUUUUUCCGACCGGCCGGCCCUUCGCUCGGGGAGCCGUCGGCGCCGCCUCUUCUGCUUACGUCGCCUCCUCCCGACUACCUGCCCGAGGACGCGUCCCCCUCCGCCCGUAACUCCGCCUCUCUGAUCGAGGCCAUCCGAGAGGAGCUUCGUCGCCUGGCCCGGAAACAGGAGGCGAGCGGCUACCCUUAG